AAACGAACGAACGAAUGAGAGCCAGUCAGUCAGCAUCACGUGCGCGGACGUGACGGGUGUGUCUUUUGUUGCUCCGUUGCGAUAUUCACGCGCCACUUGACACUCGUGCCGUGCUCAAUAAUGACAUUAGUGCAUCGCUGUGACACAUAGUGUGUGUUCCUGCCGAUAUAUAGUGUCAUUUGCAGGUUCCUCCAGUGAUUGGCAAGUAAUGAAGAUAACUUUAUGAUAAAACUUGGGCAUCCUUUGCCUUGUCUGUGAAUAAUAAUUUGACGCUUUAGUGUGCAAUGCUAACAAGUACUAGCCGGUGAGUGUGAGUGCGAUGGCGAGGCGCACGCUGGCGGCCAUCUUGCUGCUUUGCGUGCUCGAGGCGGCGCGUGCGCACCACUACACGCCGACAUGGGCUGUACACGUGCCAGCAGGGAAAGAAGCAGCUGACGCGGUCGCCAGGGACCACGGCUUUGUCAAUCUUGGAGAGAUAUUUGACAACCAUUUCCACUUCCAUCACAACCGUGUGUCGAAGCGAUCGCUGCACCCUGCGCGAGAGCACCAUGGCAAACUCGAGGCGGACACCAGGGUACGUUCAGCCAAGCAGCAACAAGUCUUGUCUAGGAAGAAAAGGGAUCUGAUACCCACCACAGUGGAAACAGCACCAUAUAAACUGCCAAUCCCGUCUACCGCUACGAAACGCGACGCAGGCGCAAGUUCCAAGCGCGAAAUUCCACGAAUAAAAGACAGGCCGCGGUCCACAGAAACCAAGUUCAUACUCAACGAUCCCAAGUGGCCUCACAUGUGGUAUUUAAAUCGAGGAGGCGGCCUGGACAUGAAUGUGAUUCCGGCGUGGCGGGAAGGCAUUACAGGCCGCGGAGUCGUCGUCACGAUCCUCGACGACGGCCUGGAAACUGAUCAUCCUGAUUUAAUCAAUAAUUACGAUCCAAUGGCGUCGUACGACGUGAACUCUCACGACUCCGACCCUCAGCCGAGGUACGACAUGUUCGACUCCAAUCGCCACGGGACGAGAUGCGCGGGGGAGGUAGCUGCCACCGCCAACAAUUCACUGUGCGCCGUCGGCGUUGCAUAUGGCGCUAGUGUCGGAGGAGUAAGAAUGCUGGAUGGAGACGUCACGGACGCGGUGGAAGCGCGGUCUUUGAGCCUAAACCCUCAGCACGUGGACAUUUACAGCGCGUCCUGGGGGCCCGAUGAUGAUGGGAAGACCGUUGAUGGCCCAGGGGAGUUGGCUACGAGAGCUUUUAUUGAAGGGGUCACGAAGGGUCGUAACGGCAAAGGAUCCAUCUUUGUCUGGGCGUCAGGCAACGGCGGCAGAGAACAGGACAACUGCAACUGCGACGGCUACACCAACUCGAUAUGGACGCUGUCAAUCUCUUCCGCCACGGAACGAGGAGAGGUGCCAUGGUAUUCGGAGAUGUGCAGCUCCACUUUGGCCGCCACUUACAGCAGCGGUGCCAUUAAGGAAAAACAGGUGGUAACAACAGAUCUACGACACUCGUGUACAACGGGUCACACGGGCACAUCAGCGUCUGCGCCGCUUGCCGCCGGCAUAUGUGCGCUUGCGCUGCAAGCCAAUCGGGACCUCACUUGGCGGGAUAUGCAGCAUAUAGUGGUGAGAACAGCCAGGCCUGAACGACUGAGCAUGGGUGGAGAGUGGCUGGUAAACGGCGUCGGCAGGAACGUCAGCCACUCUUUUGGGUAUGGCCUGCUGGACGCAGCCGGCAUGGUGCGCCUGGCAAAGACCUGGAAGACUGUCCCGCCCCAAAAGAGGUGUGAACUUACGGCUCCAAGACCGCAAAGAGCCGUACCACCGAGGUCCACAGUUACUUUACAGCUGGAUGUGGGCGUGUGUCCUGGAGUGAACUACUUGGAGCACGUACAAGCUCGCGUCUCCUUAUCCGCCGCGCGCCGAGGUGACCUGCGCAUCGCUCUGACAUCGCCCGCCGGCACCAGGGUCACGCUACUAGCACCCAGAGCACACGACUCGUCUCGCGCAGGGUUCAAUUCUUGGCCCUUCAUGUCUGUCCACAUGUGGGGUGAGUCGCCACUCGGCAUUUGGCAACUUGAAGUCACCAACGAAGGACGUUAUAUGGCUGGUCCGUUGACUCAAUGGGAGCUGAUCUUCUAUGGAACAGAGACACCACCCCAUGAAGAGGACAUACCACAGCCAAACACAAACUCCUUAGGAACCAAUAUCAAGAUGCAGCAUGGCAACUCUGGCUUACAUUCUGCAGUGCCGGUGAGCGUCAGCAAACCUCCGUGGAACCCUGAGGAGCCGGAGUCAGUCGAGGAAGCCAGACAAAACACCAUAGAUGAUGACCUGGCUUUGGUCUGGCAUGAUUCUAAUGCUAUUCGCGAGGAUAGUCUAGGCGUCGAGGCGGGCGUUCCUGGCGCGGGGCGCCAAUACGCCGGCCACAGCGGGUGCGCCACACUUGCCCCGUCACCACCACACUGCCUAGAAUGCGCGAAGGGUUUGCACUUGUACGCCGGUCGAUGCUACAGACGGUGUCCGGACGGAACCUACGCCAGUGAGGUGCUCACCGAGCGCAGCUCAAGACGUCGUAAUUUUACCAUUUUAGAAGGAACCACUCCUGCCCCUCUUGUAAUGAAGCGGCAAGGUGGUAGGCCGACAGCUACAGAAGCUUUGGACAUGGAACCCGAGGGAAACACUCAAGUUAAAGCCCCUCUCAUUUGUCUUCCAUGUCACUACACGUGUGCCACGUGCUCAGGUCCCCACAACAGUCAAUGCGUCUCCUGCCUCGACGACGCAGAACUUUACAAUGACACUGGCAUCGAAACAAAAGUCUACUGCUACCCUAAAACAUUACUACCCCACAUAAACAAUGCUAAUUGGCAUUACAAAGUUAACAUCGGCCUGUCCAUUGUCUUGUUUAUAAUCGGUUUCAUUGUUUUGUAUAUUUUUGUCGCUUUCCUUCUGAGAAGGUGUGGUUUUAGCUAUUACAGCUCCAAUAUUAACGUGGCGUAUAAUAAAUUGGCUAGUGAUGAAAAGACAGAGAGUGCUUUUGAAAUUGAAGACGAGAUCAACAAAGCUUUGAAGGACUCCAGCGAAAGUGAAUCUGAAGACGAUUUGAAUUUAUAGCACUUGGUGAAGUUCCGUAGGGAGUAUUACGAACUCAACGAUCAAUACAAUGUUAGUGAUUAGAUACUUGAACGAAUGCAGGGCUCGUGUUGUGAUAUUAUUGAAUCGUCACAAUUUUUUAGCGUUACGUCUGAGGGAAACUUUUAAAAUUUCGUAAUGGUCUUUUUAUGGAGACGACUGUAAAUGAUAAUUUGUAAGAAUAUCAACGAAUGUAUAUCGUUUGAUGAGUACAAUAAAUAUUCUUAGAGCCACCAACAUAGUGAUGCAAACAGAUAUCGGAAUAGACUUAAAUAAUAUUGACCUCAAGUAAGAAGUGGUAUUGUAUUUUUAACAGACUUCAAAAAAGGAGGGUUUCAAUUCGACUACAUUUUUUUUGUGUACUCUGACAUUUGUGAACCGAUUUCGACGAUCCUUUUUUCUUGGAAUGGAGGGGAAUCAGUAGUGGUAACAUUGAAAUUUGAAGUAAAUAUCCUACCCCUACGAGUGGUAAAUUACGAGAUGACUCAGGUUUAUUGGCUUUCAUGGAUUUCACCCAAUUUCCGAUUGAUCAGAUUUCAAUAAAACUUGGCAAAUACAUGUAAUUCCACACUUUUCCGGGAUACCAAAGGGAGGUAUUAUUUACUCGUCUAACUUUAAUUUUAUGUAAAUAUACCCUGAUCAUUUUUCGGUCUCUGUAUGCACUUUGUUGGUGGCAAUUUUGUAUAAAUUAACGAAACCCAAAGAGUUAAGCUCUUGUGACUUUUGGCAACCAUUUCUUUACUUUAUUAUCUUUCUAUAGUCUUUUUCGCUCUCCUGUUAGCGAUUUUUGAAAGCCUUUUAAUAUAAACGUGACAAGUCUUAGAAUUCAAAUGGUCAUUUUUACGUCUACUAUACAAAAUAAGUCAAAAACCUUGUAAGUGGCUGUAACGCUAACCGCGAAAAGCGAAGAUAAAGAAACUGACAGGAGUUUGACACCUCAACAUAAUAAAAAAUGUGUCAUAAAUGCAUUGACUUACAAAUAAAUGGACGACGGGUCUAAUACAAAAACCACGAAAAAAAUGUCCCAAGU